AAGGCGGGGACUAAGACGCUAUAAAUACUGUUGUUGGAGCGCGGAGUCCCUUGUAGAAUACACGAACGGUAGACGAACGCACUCUGAUCGAGUCACGGGCAGAGAAAAGGCAAAGUCAAAACAAAGUGAAUAAUGGCUCGUACCAAGCAGACCGCUCGUAAAUCCACCGGAGGGAAGGCGCCCAGGAAGCAGCUGGCCACAAAGGCCGCCAGGAAGAGCGCGCCAUCUACCGGUGGAGUAAAGAAGCCCCACAGAUACAGGCCUGGCACUGUCGCCCUGCGCGAGAUCCGUCGGUACCAGAAGUCCACCGAGCUGCUCAUCAGGAAGCUUCCUUUCCAGCGUCUGGUCAGGGAGAUCGCCCAGGACUUCAAGACGGACCUGCGAUUCCAGAGCGCGGCCAUCGGAGCCCUGCAGGAGGCCAGCGAGGCUUACCUGGUGGGUCUGUUUGAGGACACCAACCUCUGCGCCAUCCACGCCAAGAGGGUGACCAUCAUGCCCAAAGACAUCCAACUGGCCAGGCGAAUUAGGGGGGAGCGUGCUUAAAUGUUUUUUUUUUUUUAUUUUAUUAGUAUGGGUUUUGGGGAGGGGGUUGGGUUAAUAUAAUUGGUUUUGUAAAUUGUGAACAAUUACUGGAUUGUGUAGCUCCCAGUGUCACUUUAUUUUUUUGAGUUUUUUUACCUGCACUGUUUGUCAUAGUAGUGCUUCAUGUUCCUACGACACUCGUUUCAAUCUACAUUUCUCUCUGCCUCUCAGGGCAAUUAUCUUUGGAUUUUUUGGUAACCCUGUGUACAUCUCCUCCUGUAAAUAAACUUUUCCGCUACCUCAA